AUGCCUUCCCCAAGCAAGACUCUGUCCGUUGUCGUUUCGGUUGCAAGCAGCCUUAGCAGUUUGUCAAGCACAACACAUGGACACCGAUCCACUUCGACAACCGCUGUUACUACAGCUAGCCAUACCGUCGCGGCCUGCGCUGUUGUGAGCAGUCUGUCAUCUGUCGCUAGAGUUGCGUCGCCAUCAGUACCAUUGAAUACAACUGCGGCGCUCCAAUAUGUUAAUGGUCUAGAACCAUACAUAGAAUGGCAGUCUGAUCUUGAGUACCUCAAGGAUCCACCAGCAGAAUACUUCUAUCCUCCGCUUGAUGUAAUGGGCAAACUCGCUUCCGUGAAAUCAAACCUUCAGACGGGUGGUGUAUACGCAAAUGAGUAUGAGUUUCAACAGGAUUUGUAUCAAAUUUUUGCACUGGCACAUGAUGGACACUUUGUGGUCUAUCCUGACCUUCUCUCCUCUGCCUUUGAUUGGCGCCGUCAGAGAUCUUUGGUAUCUAUCAGCAGUGAUGGAGUUGAAAUUCCGAAAAUCUACAUAUAUGAGGACAUUAUUGCUUCGCCUUCAACGGCAUCCGAGGUUACAGAGAUAAACGGAGUUGAUGCGGUGACGUAUGCAGAAGAUUGGAUCUACCAAGCCUCUUUCAAUCAAGACGCGGAUGCUGCAUACAACAGCAUGUUUUUCGAGAAGGCAUAUGUGGCAGCAGGAGUUUCCAAAGGAUACUUCUCAUCUGGCGGUCGUAUCCGAUACAUCUAUCCGGGCUCAAACACCACCUUUGCGUUCGAAAAUGGUACAACUUUGGUUACCGAAAAUUACGCUAAUGUGAAAGGAGACUUUACCGGUGUUACUGAUGGAAAGUCCUUUUACCAAAAGUUCUGCGUUCCAACCACCACCGAGUCCGUCGAAGCAACGGUGGCAGCCCCCGUAGCCGCGAUUGUAACUGCUAGUGGAUAUCCUACCCCUGUUGUUAUCACCAAUGACACUAUUGUCGGAGGAUAUUAUCUCAGUGAGCCGGGUUUCGAGGAUGUUGCAGUUUUGACUCUUUUGGCAUUUGAGUCUGAGUCAGUUGCAGAAUUCCAAGCUGUUAGCCAAACCUUCCUCGCUGGUGCAGUUCGAGAUGGAAAGACCAAAUUGAUCGUUGACUUGCAAGCAAAUGCUGGUGGUUACAUUUUGCAAGGCUAUGAUCAAUUCCGACAACUGUUCCCUAAUAUCGUUCAAGAUGGAAACAGUAGAAUGAGAGAAAGCGAUACAUUUCUAACGAUAUCUAAGAUAUUUUCAGAGGACAUUACUGCAGAUUUUGACCCAAACACGGCAUCGGCGGAUUUGAUACAACAAUACGAGACUUGGUUCAACUACCGCCAUGAUUACAAUACCAGUAAUCAACCCUUCUUGACAUUUGAAGAUAAAUUCGCCCCGCAUGUCUACAGGGAUGAUAACUACACGAACCUCAUGCGCUGGAACCUUAAUGACCCACUCACCACAACCAAUAGCACAUUCGGCUUGGGCAUUGAGGUCUCCGGAUAUGGAUCGUUAAGUAACAUCACCCAACCUUUCGCUGCGGAAGACAUCGUCAUGAUCUACGAUGGUUUCUGUGCCUCAACUUGCACUAUCUUCAGCGAGUUCAUGCGUCUUCAAGCAGGAGUCAAAUCCAUCGCCUUUGGAGGACGACCCAACAGCGACCCCAUUCAAGGUGUCGGUGGUAUCAAAGGAGCACAAGUCACUGAGUUUAGUGACAUCUACUCUUAUGCACAAACGGCACUUUCAUCCUCAAACGCAACACCAGAGGACAUUGCCACUCUCAAUCGUCUCACAAGGUUUCCAAUCGACAGAAGUACAGAUUCAGUAAUCAAUCUGAGAGAUGCCAUUCUCCCUGGAAAUGAGGAGGAUGGAAUCCCCUCUCAAUAUGUACUCGAAGAAGCCGAUUGCAGAUUAUAUUGGACAGCACCCAUGAUUACAAACGUAGAGAAAGUAUGGGAGGCAGCUGCAACGGCGGCUUGGGGCGGUGGUGCUUGUGUUGCCGGUAGUGGUUUGUCGUAUGGAAAGAGAAGUGUGCAGAGUUUGAGCUCGAGCAUCAAGGAUAAGAGACCGGUUGCUAAUCAAAAGAUGGAGAGAAAUACUUUGGUUAUGGAGAGGGAGGAGAAUAUGGAGAGGGAUGCCUUCUGGAGGGCGAGACAUGGUCAGAAGGUUACUUUCUAG